AUGCCCGGCUUUGUGACCUAUCUACUCGGCUCCCUCAGCGUGAUCGUAAUCGCCCGCUUGGUCUUCUCACUCGUCAAACGCCCCUCGCUUCCUCUGCCGCCAGGACCGAAGCCCGCACCUUUGAUCGGAAAUAUUCACCAGCUCCCCAAGAGCCUCCAGUGGCUGGAGCUCUACCAGUGGAGCAAGAAAUAUGGCCCGGUGAUGCACCUCAGCAUGGGCGGACAGGCGCUCAUCAUCCUCUCGACCCACCAAGCAGCACACGAUCUCCUCAACCGCCGCAGCUCGCGAUACUCGGACCGCCCACGCAUGGUCAUGGCCGGAGAGCUAGUCACUAGGGGCCUGCACAUGCUCCUCCGACCAUACAAUGACCAGUAUAAACUACACCAGAAGAUGGAGGCACCGCUCCUCAACCUACGCGCUGCGAGUAACUACCGCCCGAUACAGGACCUCGAGUCACAGCAACUGCUAUGGGACGUCCUAGGCGAGUGGGAUAAGUUCGGCGACAAGGGAGUAGACUUCCACCACCACUUCAGGCGCGCAAUGGCCAGCACGAUCUACUGCCUGAUUUACGGCUACCGACUCCAAACGGGAUACGAGAAGGAGUUGAUAGACGCCAAGCGUGUGCAGGCAGAGUUUGUUCGCAUCGGGCAGGUGGGAGCAUAUUUUGUCGAUACAUUCCCGGUGUUGAAUUACCUGCCCAAGUUUCUGGCGCCAUGGAAGAAGGAGGGCGAGGAGCUGUUUGAGCUGGAGCGCCAGCUGCAUAUUGGGAACUUGAAGAAGGGCCUGAGUAACGGUAAGUGGAACUUUGCGAAGCAUAUGAAGGACUCGCCAGAGGCUGCGGGAAUACCGGAGGUUGAGGUCGCAUAUGAUCUGGGGAUCCUUGCUGAUGCUGGGUUGGAUACUUCGACUGUUGCGUUGGACUGGUUUAUCGUGGCUUGGAUUACGUCGGGAUCGCGUGGGUGGGUGAAGAAGGCGCAUCAGCUGCUGGACGAGGUGGUGGGCAAAGACCGCUUGCCAAGCUUUGAAGACCGCCCCAAGCUGGCAUAUAUCGACGCUAUUGCGUGCGAGACCCUCCGCUGGCGCCCGGUCGUCGUCCAGGGCGUGCCACAUUUCACCAAGAUCGAGGAUGAGUACAUGGGCUACCACAUCCCCGCCAACUCAAUUGUUCUCCCCAACGCAUUUGCUAUCACCCGCGAUGAGACCGUCUUUGGCGAGGAUGUCGACAACUUCAUCCCGGAGCGGUGGCUCGUCGAGGAAUCUGACAAGGAGUAUACCGACGUCUGCGGCUUGAAGACAUCCGCCCUUAAGGAUCUACCGCAAACGGGGUUCGGGUUCGGGCGUAGAGUCUGUACGGGCCGUCUGAUUGCGCGCAACCAACUGUUCAUCCAGAUGGCGCGCAUGCUGUGGUCGUUUGAUGUCGAGGCUGGCGUUGUGGACGAGGACACGGGAGCGAGACAUGAGGUCCAUGAUAUGGACUGCACAGAGGGCUUUGUGACCCUGCCCAAGCCAUUUAGGUCUGCGAUGCGUCCGAGGGGGCAGUGGGUGCGUGAUGCGAUCCUGAAGGCGGGCACCACGCAUAACCUGGAUCACUCCGCCAUUUUGGAGGCGGCAAAGAUUGCAAAGUCAUAA